GAUACCAGUCGGCAAACGUCUGAUCUGACCAUGCUGGGUAGAAACCCAGACGCAGACAAAGGCGACCCUGAAGAAGAAGGCCUACAGGUUUACAGAGCGAAAUUGAUCCGUGCUAAAGCGAAACUGCGCAUUCUUGCCGAGAGGAGCACCUUCCAUGGCAUUGACAUCAUUCUGGAGACCAGAUCUGGCUAUAGACGAAUCAUGGUAGUGCUGAUUGUGCUGAGCAUGUGCUUAUUUAGCUUCUACGGAGUAUCCAUUAUAAUCGGACGUUUCUUGAAUGCCCAGAUAUCCACCGUCGUCAACUACAAUCAACAACCUUUCCAGUUCCCCGCAAUCACCGUGUGUCCUGACAGCCCAUUUUCCGUGGAGCUGCUGCAAGCCCAGCCCGACCUGUACGAAAGGCUGCCGUUUAAUCCGCACUCCUCUUCCUUCGGUACCUGUCAGUCUCCCCAUUGCUCCGUAAGAUCCUUGAUUUGCCUGUCUGUUUCAGUGAUUUCACACCAUCGCUGCCAUCGUAUCCGAGCUACUCAAAGCGGUAUGUUCUACAGUCUGCCUCGAGCCUUUGAUAGCACUGAGCGAGCCCUAAAAUCUGGAUUCUCAAAUAACAUGGAAACCUAA